UUGCUCUACAUAACCUCCCUAAGUACCUGUAGGUACCUCAUGAGUACCCAACUGUACUACAUACUACUACUAUACUACCUUUGAUGUUUAAUCAUUUCUUUUUGGUGUGUUGAAUAAAACAAACUCAGGAAGACAGAAUUUCUGAGAAAAUUAUAAAUAAUUGUCUUUAUUAACGUCGUCAUUUCACACCUUCUGGGUUUAAAAGGAACCAAAGAUAGAAUCGUAAUCAUGCCUCAAUGUUUCCGUUUCACAUGAACGCCAGCGACGAGAAGCAUGAGUCAUGAUGAAGGAACCGUACAAGUUAUAGGACGUAGAUUCAGCUGCUGGGUGAAAUUUGACGCGUUUCAGAGUUAAACAGGAAGUGGAGAGAGACGACGGAGCAGAGGAGCCAUGGAGGAACCUGGAUGGAUUCAGAUGUUUCUGCUCCUCACGAUGCUGCUGCAGCUUCCAGGAGUCGUUAGUGGAGAUCUUUUCUACACCAUCAGAGCUGGAGAUGACGUCGCUUUGUCUUGUGAAAAUGUGAUUAAAGAUCACAGAAACUGUGACACCACCACCUGGGGCUACGGUAAACCAGGAAGAACAACACAAGAGCUGGUUACUCUCGGCCAGGUUACAUACAGCAGAUCAGACUCACUGAGUCUAGCAGGAAACUGUUCUCUGGUUCUGAGGAACAUCUCAGCUGAGGAUGCUGGUUCAUACUUCUGCAGUCAGUAUGAUGCUGGUUUAUACUUCUGCAGACAGUAUGAAAUAGAAGGAGGUAGUACAUCACGUCGUGAUGCUCCUGUUUACCUCUCUGUUGUUACCCUGAGAGAACAAACAGAGCAGAACAAGGUGACGUUCACCUGCUCUGUGUCGCCGUACGAUGAAUGCAGACAUGAAGUGAAGUGGUUGUUUAAGGGUAACGAUGUGGAGAAAGAUCAUCCUGAUGUAAAUACAUCAUCUCCAUCUUCCUGCUCUGCUGCUGUGACCUUUCAGACCUCCAACUACGUUUACUCAUCAAGGUUUAAGUUAUUCAUAUGUGAAGUAGAGACAGAAAACAAACAGCAGCUUUUUACCUUCAGCUCUGGUCCAACAGGUGAGAAACCACAACAACCUGGUUUCAGAGAUCUAGAAGUCAAAUGUUUCACUGAUGAUGAAAAACAACUUAUGAUUUAUUUUUCUCCUCCAACAACAACAUCAAUGGUUACAUCAGGAGGGAAAACCGACACGACGGAGUCUGCAGGUGGAUCUCCACCAACACCUGGACCCAGCUGCACAGCAGUCUGGCUCAGGUUCCUGAUUGGUUCUGUGGGUUUAGCCGCGCUGACAGCAGGUGUCGUCGUCACCAGCAGACGGACCAGAGCUAAAGGUGAGAUGUUCUCGUCUAAACAUGAACGUCUGCUGAGAGGAGAGGAAUUACAUCAGCACUCAAGGAUUCUUUUUGUUUUUUAGGGAGGAAAAUGCAGACGGACUCAGGCAUGGUGAGUCUAGAUUUAUCAUCUAAGUGUUAAAAAAAAUAUGAUCAUAAAAGUCAAAACUCGGCUGCUUUCUUUACCGUCAGACCUUUAGAUCCUGCUGAGAAAUAAUAAAGUUUACCUGUUUUGGUCAAAUCUAGAAAAUAGCAUUCUCUCCUGGAGCAUGUGAGCUUUUUCCUCCUCUAUGAUCUCUUGAACUAUGAUUAUCAAUGACUCUCAGCAUCCGUUUUACUCAAAAUCUGUAGAAUUUUUCAUGUUUUAGACUUUUUGUGUUUGAUGGUUGGUCAGCCAUGGCAGCCAUCUUGAAUUUUGACUCCAAAGGUGAUUUAAUUGGAAACAUAAUUAAUGUUUUUGUAUAAUUUCAUCAUAAUCCAUCUAGUGGUUGAAAAGACAACAGGCAGAUUUUAUAUCAUACAAAAAUAGACAUGGGAAAAAACAUUAUAGUGUCCUCAGACUGGGAUCCAGCUGUUGGUGACGUGUCUGAUUGAACUCAUCAGUGUGAUUGUGUUGUGCUGUUCAGGUGUGUGAUGAUGGGGCCGAUGGUGCAGCUGACUAUGAAAACAUCAGAACAUCCAGCGUUUGACCCUCCUGCCUCCAGCUGACUCCACACAUCGGUCAUCAGAUUUUAGCUCAACUUCAUUUAUUCCAUCUUUGAGCUAAUCUGCAGAAUUUUGCUGGAAUAUUCGUCUUUAUCAUUGACGUCAUUGGCCAUCACUUUUAGCUCUGGUUUGUUUUUGUCUGCAUUUCAUUUUCCAAAGUUGAUAUCAAGCCACCCUCAAACAACACGAUCACGAGAAUAAAAUGCGGUCAAGCAGCAGCAGUGAUAAUGAAGGUGGUGUUAGCCUUUCAGUCCUCAUUGCUUACAUUUUAUUUUGAAAGUCACAUCUUUGUGGGUUUCCUCUCAGUCCUCAUGAACCUGGACUGAGUGCCCGUGUCACACAGGGGGUGGACGCUACUACAGACCAACUCAGAUCUAAAUCCGGGAUCCUAAUCCAUAAACUGGAUUUUCCUAAACCAGGAGGAACACGUCAGACUAGUGAGGAGCCUCACAGCGGGGUUGGGGAUUCUACAGACACGCCACCUCAGGAGGGACAUGGGGUCAAUGCGGGUCAUGUAUCGUUUAUCAAAAAUCAAGCCCACACAGCUAGGGUCGCAGGCUGCAGCUGGGAUUUGAACCUGCAACCAGUUGCAGGUCGUGUUUGACAGGUGUUACAGCAAUGAAUAGGAAAACCAUAAUUAUGAUAAAUACUUGUCUUUAAAUAUUAUUUAUUAAAUAUUAUUGUAUUUAAAUAUGGUACAGAUUUACAUUUGUCCUCAGGUGAACUGUACAUCUUAUUUACAAGUCGUGACUCGGUCUGGAGGAUGGAGAACAGAAGCAGGACGUGUUGGUGGGGGUCAGGAAGCAGAUCGCCUACAGCAGUACCAGGUGACUGGAGCAACAGCUUAGUAUUAAGGCAGCCCUGUCACUCAUGACUUUAAAAAUGACACAACUGGUGU